ACAGUAUCCCGGCUUCUCCUAACCGACACCAGCCACAGUCCGUAGGGUUUCUCGGUUAGCCACACCCUAUGCGGCAUAGUCCCAUGGUUCACUAGUUUCCGCCAAUGACGAUAUGUCACAGCCACAUAUAUUGUACUGUACUGUUACUUACAGGUACAUUCUGUGGCGGUGCAAUUCCGGCUAUCCGCAGCGACUACCCGUGCUGCCAAGACCGGCCGCUUUUUUCGUUCUCUCCAGAGAAGAUCGUGAUUGUUGAGUGUUGACCACGGCCCAUCACCAUCAAUCCCGUCCCCAUGGCAUCAAUGGGUGCUCUUUAUCCUUACGGGCACCUGCUCCGGUCCGCCCGAGCAGGUGUGACCUUCGUCCCCCGCCGGACAUUGACCUAUACCACCCCCCGUCGUGCCCAAGAAGACAACAAUGGCAACAACGCAAACUCCUCCAAACCCUCCGCCCUCUCAUCCAUCAAAAGCUUUUUCGGUCUCGGCGGCAAGCCCUCCGAUGCCCCCAAGCCCACAAUCACCCGCCGAGCCAACGCCCCCCCAAAGCGAGAAGGCUCCCUGAGCGCAGACUCGAUUUUCGCCGAAGAUGAGGCCACCCCGAAGCUCGUCGCCUCGGGCCGCACACCCGGGCGCAGACCUACCGCCGAACGGCCCGUGGAUGCAGAAGAGGAGCAGGAUAUCAGCCUGGAGGCUCGGAAUCGGGAAAAUAUGCAGGCGGUAUUGGACCCUCGUCCUCAGGCGCGGACGCGCUGGGAGCGGAAGAUGGUUGUGAGGGAGAUUCGGCGUCGGGGUCGUCUUUCGAAGACGGAGCAGGUUAUGCGGACUGAGCGGGAGUCGUUGUCUAAGUCGCAUUGGUUUAAGACGUCGAUUAAGAAGUUGGGGCCAUUGGCUCGGCAGAUUGCGGGGAAGAAUAUUGACGAGGCGAUUUUGCAGAUGCGGUUUAGCAAGAAGAAGGCCGCCAAGGAUAUCCUUGAGCACUUGGAGCAUGCGAAGAAUGUCGCUAUUGUCCGCUCUGGUAUGAGUCUUGGUGCUGCUGCCGGUCAAGAGGCCCAGAAGCCUAUCAACAUUGUCUCCAAGACCGGUGAGCGCAAGACGAUUACUGACCCCAGCUCCAUCUACAUCUCCCAGGCGUGGGUGAACCGGGGACCGUACGGUGUUGACUACGACCACCGGGCAAGAGGCCAGAUCAACCUCCUCCGUCCACCAUACACUUCUCUCUCGGUGCUGCUGAAGGAAGAACAUACUCGGAUCCGCGAGUGGCAAGACCGUGAGACCACUGCGCAGCGCAAGCGCAAGACUCACCUCUGGACCCAGCUUCCUGAUCGGAAGGUCAGCGCUCAGAACCAGUACUACAGCUGGUAAACCGCGGCUUACAAUGAGUUUAUUUGUUUCUUUCUCUUAUGUAUUAGGCCUUGAUUGGGACAAGCGGGUCUCCUGGCGUUGUGUUAUUAUCUAUUUAGAUCUACCUAACGGAUCAGCAUGCUACGAACAUCAAUGUACAAUACCGAAAAUUGUUCUGUUCUAUAUACCCUUCCUCCGUCCACAAGUAUCUACAAAUACAGCACUCAAGUUACUCAUCAUCGUCACAACUAGGAAUUCCACUUGGCGGCUUAAUCUCCAUCCCCGGCUUCGGCCCAGCAACCUUCUCAACCCUCACGACAACCGGAAUCAUGGCCCCAGUCGCCAGCGCAAACUCCCGGUGCCCAACAACAUUCAAAAUACUCGCAAUCGCCCCCGAAUGCGCCGUCAGGGACAACACCGUGUUCGCAUCGUGCUCAAAGAUAUUGUACAACAAAUCGCGUAACCGUGCAUCGCGCAUGGAGUUCGAUUCCCGUGC